AUGGUAAGGGAGGGGAAACGCAUCGCAGAUUCUGAGUUGCACGAACUGAGAGCCACCAUCGAUGCAUUACGUUCCCAAACUGGAUUCGGGCUGUCCAAGCUUUGGCCCAAACCACAGCAACACUCAAACGACACAGUCGGUAGCAAAACCAAUGCAGAACGUGGGAAGACCACGACUGGCUCUUCAAUCAGUCUUACCGGGCAGACGACACAACAACCAGACCGAUCCGAUUCGGUUCAGCCUGUUUCGCAGUCGGUACUUUCAUCACCGCACAAGGGGGUCACCCAGUCCACGUCGAAAGAGAGCGAGCUUGGUUCGAAGAAGAAUACCGGAUGGUUUCGCACUUCGAUCGGCAAAGCAUUUCGAAAAAAAUCUUCCACACUGCCAGUGGUCACGACCACUGCCGGCGAAACAUUGGCCACUGGAGUGGUGAACCAGUGUCACCUUCCGAACGUACCGAAUCCGGACCACGAACCAAUCGCAAAUGCAAACGCAGAUCAAACGGUGCUCGGUGAUCAACCCACCACCGCGAACUUUGUCCAGACUGCUGUGUCAAAACCGACCAAUUCCAAUUCCGGGCUAACUGUAUCUCCUAAAACAACCGCCACGGGGAUCAAUGGUCUAUCUCCGUCCAGUUCGUCCACCUCUUCUUCCUGCUCGUGGGGAGCAAGCAGUUCGACGAAUCAUGCACCCGGCACGUUGAGCCCAGGUGGUCGAACGAGUUCGAGUGCGACAAACAGAAGCACAGAUUGGAAAUUACCACCGUUGUCCAGUUCAACUGGAUUCGAUUUUGGACGUGUGGAUGAAUUGGCUUCGAUCCAUGGCCGUGUCCCGGAUCCCUCGGUCAGCCAGUCAGACGGAAUGGGUCACGAGGUGGGAACUUUGCGAAGUCUUAGCUCUACACACAGCCCGACGAAUAGCAGUUCCGUUCACUCCAGUGAACCGACCGGACAGCUAGACACAAGCGGCCGAUCGACUUGGGACACAGCACAACUUCAAGCCGAACUGGCUCGACUUCGCAGUCAGCUGAACGAACGCGAACUGAAAUUGACCGACGUCCAGUUGGAGGCGCUGGCCAGCACACAUCAAGUCAACCAGUUGCGCGAUCAAAUCUCCCGACUCUAUUCGGAAUUGCAACACUUGCGCUCGGACAAUGAACGGUUGCACAUGCUAGUGCAGCAUGAGGCAACCGCCGGGCACCGGGACACCGCAGCAGCGGCGGCGGAAGAAGUUAAAGAAGGAGUGGGCGAAUCACGUCCGUCUCGUCCGGAAACACCGACCAAUCCGGGUGAAAUGUCUCCGUGUAACAGACAUUGUCUAUGUGGCUCACAGAUCGAUUUACUGAGUGGAUUGGACUGUCCAGUUGUGGAAUCAAACAGAGCACCAACCAGUGUACUGUGGUCUGUGGUCAGUAUCCAGCUGGGCAGUGUAACUCAAUGUCCCACAGACGGGUAUCAUAUUGGUUUGAUUAAUCUCAAGGAAUAUCCAACCUGGGAGGGAUUGGAUUAUCGAUUGAGUUGUAUGUGGACCGAAUACGUGCGGCACCUUGAUCCGACGGAUCGACUGGGUCUACGCAACAGUCGCCUUCUAACGUUGCGAGUAAAUGGAACGCGGAGCGACCGUCCAAUUGCCCGGAAUUCUAUCGAGCUAGACGGAAUAACACAGCUCGCCUCGGUCGAGGGUGAGCUGGCGUGUCUGGUUCAGGAGGCACAGAUGGCUCCGCAAUCGCGUACCGUGGUUCUUGCCCAACUGGUCGACCCCGACUCUGGACAUGUUCCAAAUAGUCUGGGUGAAUGGGCAUUAGAAUAUCUGUUACCACCGGGACGUAUGGAACAAUGGAUAAGUUGUUUAACCCGGUAUCGAUGUUCUGUGUUUUACGCUGUGGUGGAUUAUGAACUGCUCGCCGUAGUCCGUGCUCUCACUUGUCAUCUUCAAUUCACCGGGCUUGUCACACGAGUCAUUCAUCGUCCACUGGAAGCCAAUCUGGACGAUACUCUGCUCUGGCUAAGACAACAACUGACUCUUCCUACCGGUCCGGUCGCGAUUGUUCUCAACUGCACGAACACGAUCGGAAUCCAGUCGCUGUGUGAUUUCCUCGCUCAGGUGCACUGUUUGUGUGACGAUAUUGCGUCAUCCACCACAGCACUUGACCAGGACCACCCGGUGCAUCCGUCUGUCGGAGGCAGAAAAGCCUCCAACUACAUCUUGGUCACAUUAUCCGUUGGCGAAAAUGAUCACGUGCCACCCAUUGACAGUGUUCCCAUGGAUGGUGCACACUCGCGAUGCUUCAUCAAUGCGAGUAGUUGUUGGAUUCCGAUCGACGCAUGGUCCCGGGCGGAGGCCGAUUUGCGAUUACAUCAUGGACUGAUGCGACAGUUCAUUCAUCAAACAGUAGAUAAACUGCUUGACGAGGUGCGCCUAAACACACCACGUUCGUUUCGGUUAAUGCAGUUUAUGUCUUCCGUAGUCCAGUGGCUGAAAGAGGUAUGGACGCAUGUCAAUCAGUUUGUGCAAAACCUGAACUCCAGUGGCGAAAAUGAUCUCAUCGAACUCCCCCCGACACUGUUUGAUCACUUGCCGCUCGCAGAUCCCGGGCGUUGUGCUCAAGCAUUUGUAGACUGUUGGAACGGCACUAUUGUGCCACACUUGCGUGCCAAGUUUGAACAACGACGAGCAGCCAGUGGGAGCGUUUGUGAUGGCCCAGAUCCACGUGAUUGGCUUGUGGAUCACUGGCCUUGGAAAAGUGUAUCAGAACUUGCCAAAAAAUCCACGGAACUUCACACUGUAAUAACUCCGUUGGCUUCAACCAAACCGUGA